CUUAAGGAACUUUUGAGCUUAAUGGUUCAACAAAAGAGGCUCAUGCUAUCAGACAGAAAAGUUCUGCCUUCAAUUUUAACAUCUUUGCUUGGCUCUUCGUGCCAUAGCCUUUUAGUGCCUCAGACAAUUGGACAAAGAUUCAGUCAGUCUAUAAAGAAUGACAUACUAGUUUUCAUUCUAGGAUCCGCCCUAUAUCUUUCUGCAUAUGCAAAGCUAGUCAUUCUAUCAUUGCUCAAAGGAAUGGGAAGUGGAAUUAUGUGUGUUAAAGAUGUUGAGUCAUUGCUGCCUGAACUUUUAGAAAGACGCCAUCAGUAUCAUCAAAGGAAUGGGAAGUGGAAUUAUGCGUGUUAAAGAUGUUGAGUCAUUGCUAUUAUAAUUUUCUAAAUUAACUUUCUUUGAAUGGGAAUAUGAAUAUCAAGUUGUCUCAAAUGUCCAAAUUUGUAUUUUGGUGAACUUAGAUUCCUAUUUUGGCUCAAAUAGAAGGGCAUCCAAUU